AAAUUAUAAUAUUUAUUUCAGAAAAUAUGGAGGGAAGUGUCGGAGUUUGUAAACAGAAACCCAGGCUUUCAGGAUUCAUUAGAUCAUACGGAAACGUUAGCUUUAAGUAUGAUGAAAACUACAAGAAGAGAACAACUAGCCUGGCGGAGAUUAUGAAGAAACGAAGAAGCGUGGAUAGAAUCAGUUGGAAGCAGGUUCAACAAGGUUUCAGCACCGUAGGUUCGGAUAAACGGAAGAUGCUGAAGUCAAUCCGACUCCAGGUGCUCGAUAUGAUCGGUAGCGAGCAUAGUGAGGAGCAGGUUGAUGAUGCAUGUGUACUCUUAUUCAAAGAUCUACUUCCUCUCAAGAAUGUGAAGUUAGAUCUAUUAAAGAAGUACAAGAAAAUCUACGGUUCCGUUACUCCAGCUCAAAUAGAAAAAAUACAUCGAGCUCUCAGAGAACUAAGAGACGGAGUCCCUGAGGAGAAACUUGAAUCCGUUCUUGGAGACGUUGGGCUUGAUCCGGAAGCUCCGUAUUUUGGAUCCAAGAUCAAGUUCGUCUACGAUCCUAGUCUUCCGUCUGAGGCGGAGAUGAGUUAUUUACAGGAUAUUACUCAGAAAAAGUUUUCUCUUCAAACACAGCUGACCUUCAACUAUGAUUCAGUUCGUUCUCAAACCUCUCCAGAGACCAGCGGGAGCAGGGUAACCCUUGACUGGUUGGAGAACACGAUCAAAUCCUUUUACGGACCUGAGAACCCCCUUGGGAUGUCUCCCGCGGAGUUUGCGAUCACGAUCAUGGAGAAGAUCAAUUCUAAAAAGUCUCCGGAGGAACUUCAAACCGAACUGUUUGAUCUGUGCGGGUUUGACAGGUUCGAUAUGAUCGGAGCUAUUCUAGAGAAACGAGAAGAACUCGUACAAUCUUUCAAGGAUAAUAUUAACAUUAUGAAGUCUGAGAUGGCACUCGCUGCGGCUAGCGCAGCAGCACAAAAUAUGCCAAAUAAACCUCUUUAUGGAUGUCAGGUUACAGUACAGAGUGAAGAAGAGAGAAAUCUCCUCAAACAAAUCAGGAAGGAGGAAAAGAAACUUAACAAGUUUUUGAACAAAGUACAAAUUGAUGAAGAAGAUGAAUCCCUGGUUUUUAACCCUGCAGACCUGAGAGUAAAGAGACAGGCUGCUCUAGCAGUUGCAAUGAAUACUCCGUUGUUUAAAGAAAGAGAGGAGACUCGUGAGCAAUCUGGAACUCAGGAACAUUAUCCAUUCGUAUUCGACUCCAUGUCCCGAGCUAAGCUUACAACAGGAUACAUCCAGGGAACCAAGAUGGCGCUUCCCAUUGGGUUCGAGAGGAAGGAUAACAAGAAGUACGAGGAGGUUUCUGUCCCAGCCGCCGUUUCAGGUUCCGGAGAUAUUGGCCGGCAACUCAUCCCAAUAUCAUCCAUGGAUGAUAUCGGACAACUGGCGUUCAAGGGGAUGAAAACGUUGAACAGGAUCCAGAGCGUGGUCUACGACGCCGCGUACAAGACCAGUGAGAAUAUGUUGGUGUGUGCCCCAACGGGAGCAGGGAAAACAAAUGUAGCAAUGUUGUGUAUUGUUCAGACUAUAAAACAGCAUAUUGAAGCUGGAAUAAUAAAGAAGGAUAAGUUUAAGAUCGUCUAUGUUGCUCCAAUGAAAGCCUUAGCUGCUGAAAUGGCUGCAGGGUUUGGGAAAAGGUUGGAACCGCUGGGGAUCACAGUUCGAGAGCUGACUGGAGAUAUGCAGCUUACCAAGGCGGAGAUAUCUGCAACCCAGAUGUUGAUCACAACCCCGGAGAAGUGGGAUGUUGUCACGAGGAAGGUUGGAGAUGUUGCUCUCUCCUCACUCGUCCGUUUGCUCAUUAUAGAUGAGGUUCAUCUCCUUCAUGGAGAUCGUGGUCCUGUUGUAGAGAGUAUUGUAGCUCGAACCCUUCGGUUGGUUGAAUCCAGUCAAACGGUUAUCCGGGUAGUGGGACUCUCCGCAACCCUACCCAACUAUAUAGACGUUGCCAAGUUUCUACGAGUAAAUCCUUAUGUGGGACUUUUCUUCUUCGACGGUAGAUUUCGUCCUGUUCCCCUCGGCACCACGUUUAUCGGUAUCAAGGCGGUGAACUCGAGCCGGCAGCGACAGGACAUGGAGGAGGUCUGUUACGAGAAGGUGCUAGAUAUGGUGAGAGCUGGGCAUCAGGUCAUGGUCUUCGUCCACGCUAGGAACGCCACGGGAAAGACGGCGUUAGCCAUGAAGGAAACGGCGCAGCAGAACGGAGAGAUUGGAUUGUUUGAACCUGAGAGCACAAACGUACUUGGUCAGGCGAAGGUUGUUAUGCAGAAAUCAAGGAAUCGUCAACUUCAAGAACUUUUCCCAGCAGGAUUUGGUAUUCAUCAUGCCGGUAUGCUGAGAAGUGACAGAAACCUGGUUGAGAAGUACUUCUCUCAGGGUUUGAUCAAAGUACUGGUUUGCACUGCAACCCUGGCCUGGGGAGUAAAUCUUCCUGCUCACGCAGUUAUUAUUAAAGGAACUGAGAUCUACGAUGCCAAGCACGGAAACUUCGUCGACGUUGGUAUUCUUGAUGUACUGCAGAUUUUUGGACGCGCCGGUCGACCGCAGUUUGACAAGUCCGGUCACGGUACUAUCAUUACCAGCCACGACAAGCUGGCACACUACCUCUCCCUUCUCACAAACCAGUUCCCCAUAGAGAGCAACUUUAUCGGACACAUGACGGAUAAUCUUAAUGCUGAGAUAUCUCUAGGUACCGUAACCAACAUGGAGGAAGCUGUAACAUGGUUGAGCUACUCCUACCUGUAUGUGCGGAUGAGGAAGAACCCCCAGGUGUACGGGAUCAAGUACCAGGAGCUAAAGGAUGACCCAACACUGGAGGCCAAGAGAAGGGAAAUCAUUACUGAUGCUGCACGUAGGUUGGAUCGGGCGCGAAUGAUCAGAUUUGACGAGAACAACGGAUAUCUUAGCUCAACAGACCUAGGACGUACAGCCAGUCAUUUUUAUAUCAAGUAUGAUACCGUGGAGGUGUUCAAUGACCUCACAAAGAACUACAUGAACGAGGGAGAGAUCCUGGCCAUGGUGAGUCAGGCCCAGGAGUUUGAGCAGCUCAAGGUUCGUGAUGACGAGAUGGACGAACUAGACGAAGCAGAGAUGGAGUACUGUGAGCUCCCAGUGAUUGGUGGGAAGGAGAACGUGCACGGGAAGGUUAAUAUCCUGCUCCAGACCCAUAUAUCCAGGGGUAGGAUGAGAGGGUUUUCACUCAUCUCUGACAUGACAUACAUUACAACCAACGCAGCUAGGAUUGCUCGUGCACUAUUUGAGAUUGUUCUGAGAAAAAAUCUUCCUCUUUUAUCAGGAAGAAUGCUCCGAUUUGCCAAGUGUAUAGAGAGACAAAUGUGGGAUUUUGAGCAUCCUUUAAAACAGCACCCCCUGCUUAGACCAGAGAUCGUUUCUAAACUAGAGGAUCGAAACUUUACCCUGGACAAACUCCGUGAGCUGGAUCCUAAAGAGAUCGGACUCCUUAUCAGAAAUCAAAGUGCUGGCGCUAUGGUAAGACGCGCUGCAGAGGAGAUUCCGCUCCUGGAUAUUGAUGUUUCUAUCCAACCCAUUACUAGGACGGUUCUCAGGGUUAGGUUGACUGUACUACCAAGGUUUAGAUGGAAUGAUAAGGUUCACGGGAGAACAUCUGAACCGUUCUGGAUCUGGGUUGAGGAUCCGUCCAAUGAUCACAUGUAUCAUAACGAAUACUUCAUGAUUACAAGGAAGCAGGUGAUAACGAAUGAGCCUCAAGAACUCUGUUUUACAAUCCCUAUCUUCGAACCUCUCCCAACCCAGUAUUACGUCAGAGCGAUCUCCGACCGUUGGAUUGGAUCCGAGUCCACUGCUGCAAUCUCAUUCCAGCAUCUUAUACUCCCGGAGAGACAUCCUCCUCACACAGAUCUUCUCGAUCUAAAUCCUUUACCCGUCACAGCACUGCAUAAUCCUAUAUUUGAACAGAUGUUUAAAUUCAGUCAUUUCAACCCAAUCCAGACUCAGGUGUUCCAUACUCUCUACCACACAGACAAGAAUGUCCUGCUAGGAGCUCCUACUGGAUCCGGUAAAACUAUAGCUGCUGAGCUGGCAAUGCUCCGUGUGUUCAGUACGAACCCCAACUCUACUGUGGUCUACAUUGCUCCGCUCAAGGCCCUGGUUAGGGAGCGAAUGUCCGACUGGGGAAAGAAGCUUGGAGGAUUACUGGGUAAGGUUGUGGUGGAAUUAACCGGUGACGUAACUCCUGACGCGCGAGCUAUAGCGAGUGCAAAUGUGAUCGUGACUACUCCGGAGAAGUGGGACGGUGUCUCCAGGUCUUGGCAAACCAGGAACUUUGUUAGAAAUGUUUCUCUCAUUGUGAUUGAUGAAAUCCAUCUGCUAGGGGAAGACAGGGGUCCGGUUUUGGAAGUAAUUGUAUCGCGAACUAAUUUUAUUUCCUCCCACACCGAUCAGGGUAUUCGAAUAAUCGGUCUCUCAACCGCCCUUGCCAACGCCAAGGAUUUGGCCGACUGGCUAGGAAUCGGCCAAAUGGGACUAUUUAACUUCCGGCCGUCUGUCCGGCCGGUUCCGCUAGAAUGCCAUAUUGCCGGGUUCCCUGGAAAACACUACUGUCCGAGGAUGGCAACGAUGAAUAAACCAACCUUUCAAGCGAUUAAACAGCAUAGUCCCAUCAAACCUGCACUUAUAUUCGUCUCUUCCAGACGACAGACCCGGAUAACUGCUCUGGACCUGAUUGCGUUCUUGGCGGCGGAGGAGAACCCUAAGCAGUGGUUGCAUAUGCAGGAAAAGGAUAUAGACUCAAUCUGUUCAACUAUCAAGGAUCAGAAUCUUAGGCUUACUCUUGCUUUCGGGAUAGGAAUUCAUCAUGCAGGAUUGGUAGAGAGGGACAGGAGGACGGUUGAAGAGCUGUAUAUUAGUAUGAAGAUCCAGGUUCUCAUUGCUACAGCAACUGUAGCCUGGGGGGUCAACUUCCCAACACAUCUCGUGGUUGUCAAGGGUACAGAGUUCUAUGAUGGGAAACUCAAGAGAUACGUUGAUAUGCCUAUCACAGACGUUCUGCAGAUGAUUGGACGAGCUGGUCGACCCCAGUAUGAUGAUCAAGGCGUAGCUGUUGUCCUAGUUCAUGACGUCAAGAAGGGAUUCUAUAAAAAGUUUCUCUAUGAACCGUUUCCAGUAGAAUCCAGUCUUCUCUCCGUCCUGCCUGAUCAUCUGAACGCUGAGGUAGUUGCUGGCACCAUCACCUCCCGGCAGGAUGCUGUCGACUACAUGACCUGGACAUACUUCUUCAGGAGGUUGGUGCAGAACCCGUCCUAUUACGGGAUGGAAGGGAUCAAGGAUGAAGAUCUCAACAGUUUCCUCACAUCCACAGUCGGUAAAUGCUUGGACGAACUUGAGCUGUCCUACUGUAUUGAAACAGAUGACGACGGCCGAGGAUUGUACUCUACUGUACUUGGACGAAUCUCGAGUUACUAUUAUCUGGCUCAUCAGACUGUUCAACACUUUCAAGAUAACCUUACUCCGGAGAUGGAGACCAAGGACGCACUCCAGGUACUGGUUGACAGUACAGAGUUUUCUCAGAUCCCCGUCCGACACAAUGAGGAGAUUCUAAACGCAGAUCUAGCUAAGACCUGUCCCAUACAGGUGAACGCAUACACUAUGGAUUCUCCUCAUACAAAGGCGCACUUACUUCUCCAAUCCCAUAUAUCCCGGCUCCCUCUACCUUGCUCAGAUUAUCUCACGGAUACUAAAUCCGUUCUCGACAAUGCACUUCGAGUGAUGCAGGCAAUGAUUGAUGUGUGUGCGGAGAACGGGUGGUUAGCCUCAACCCUCCGUGUCAUUACUCUUCUUCCGAUGGUGGUUCAGGCACGCUGGGAGACAGACAACAGUUUUCUGGUCCUGCCUCAUAUAGAGCUACACAUGGUUUAUCUAUUCUCCCAGCUCAAGGUCUCCUGUAUUCCUGAGCUGAUCUACACUGUUGAUGGAAACUAUGAAAGGUUAGCUUCAGUACUGAGAGCGGAAUUAGAUGAGCAGGAGAUUGAAGAUGUCUGGUCUGCUCUAGGUAGGAUGCCAAUACUUGAUGUUGGGAUAUCUGUCCAGGGUAAAUCUGUGCCCAGGACGGAGAGGAACGGGAAGAGCAAGGAUUGGAUCAAGGUGCAAACUGGAUCUCAGGUCUCCAUAGACCUAGUUCUCAGACGAGUUAAUAAACCGGGUCGGGAGGGAGUUAAGGUCAUAGCUCCGAGGUUUUCUAAACCCAAGGAUGAGGGUUGGAUCCUAGUCCUGGGGUACCUGGAAAAGAAGGAACUCUGUGCUUUAAAGAGGGUCGGAGCAAUUCGAGGAACAACACGGCAAAGUUUAGUUAUAACUCCGGAGAGACCUGGAAAGAAAAUUUACACGCUCUACGUGAUGAGUGACGCCUACCUAGGCCUCGACCAGCAGUAUGAUAUCAUGGUAGAGGCGGAGGGAGACUCAGAUAUAUUCUACAGUGAUGAUGAGGAGAUGCCCGUCCUUAACCCUAACUCUGGACUAGUCCAGGAGAAGGACAGUGUUGAAGAGAAGUUCGCAGAUGUCCAGUACGUGCCAACACCGGACUGGAAUGAGGAUGAGGAUACUGUGGCAUCCUGGGAAUAAAAUAGCAAAUAAAAAAUGUCGCGUAUUCAGAUUAUCCCAAUUUAGUUAGAUCUUGAACGAAAACAGAAUGCAUUUCAACUAUUUUUUGAUUAAAAAUUAUUCGUUUUGUUGAAAAUAUUCCGUAAUUAUAUAUAUUGAAUAACUGUGAUAUAUAUUCCUAUGUGUGAUAAACU